GAACUCAAAACCUUUUGCCUAGUCAUGACAAAGUGACCCACAUUCUCCAAGCGUCUGGAGAAAGCAGAAACACAAUGGACUACAUGGGGCAAAUGGAUGAAGAUCAGCUCAUUGAGUAUGCUAUUCAGAUGAGCCUCCAAGAUGCUUGCGGUUACUCUGUGUUCAAUGAACCACUAAGCACUUUAGAAACAGCCAGUGAUGAAAACCUGAAGAUUCUAUCUGCUAUAGAUCAAGGAGACACGUUUGCUUUAAGGAAAAUGCACAAAUACAGAGAAGCCUAUAAGGAAAGAGACAGCAGAGGUUUGCUGCCGAUGCACAAAGCGUGCCUUCAGCCUGAUUCCUGUGUGCUGGAUAUUGUGCUACUGGCAUGCUAUGAUCUGACUAUGGAGGAGACGACAUCUGAUGGAGAAACACCUCUGACUUUAGCUUGUCAGGCUGGACAUGUGGAGAACGUGAAGGUUCUUCUCCAACAUGGAGCAUCUCCACACAACAUGAACAGCAAGAAUGAGACGCCACUUCUGCUGGCUGUGAGGAAGGACUCUUAUGAUAUGGUUUAUGCACUGAUAAUGGGAGGCGCCUUUGUGGAGCAGGUGUGUCUGAGGAAAUGGACGGCCACCCAUGAGGCCGCUAAAGUGGGCUGUGUGGACAUCCUGAUGCUGCUGCUGAGACACGGCGGGAAAGUGAUGGGCAGAGAUGGGCAUGGAGUCACACCGCUGGGCAUCGCAGCUGAAUAUGGCCAUCCGCAAAUACUGACCGUUCUCAUUCAACAUGGGGGCGACGUCUCUGCACAAGCUACAAACGGAGACAGUGUUUUAUAUGACGCUGCAGGUUGUGGAAACCUGGACUGUAUUUGUCUCCUCCUACAACAUGGUGCCAAUCCCAACGUAGCAAGUCUUGCCUAUCAACUUCCAAUUCACCGAGCCGCCUAUGAAGGGCACUACCUAGCUCUAAAGACAUUAAUUCCCAUCACCACAAAAAGGGCCAUCCGGUUGUCUGGCAUGAGUCCGGUUCAUUCUGCGGCAGAUGGAGGUCAAGCUCAAUGCCUCGAACUUCUCAUUGAAAAAGGUUUUGAUGUCAAUCCAAUACUGGGCUGUCAUAUUUCCGAAAACUACGGGGACAUGAGGAAAACCCCGCUCUACUUUGCCGUCUGCAAUGGAGACGUGACCUGCACAGAGAUGCUUCUGAAAGCAGGAGCAAAGCCAGAUUUGGACCCCCUGCGCUGCCUCCUGGUGGCAGUCAGAGCUGAGAAGUAUGAGCUGGUGCGGCUGCUUCUGGCGCACGGUGCAGACGUCAACUGCAUCUUUUCCGUCGUCAGUGACACUUUAUUUCCUACAGCGCUGCAAUACUGCUUCAAAGAUGAGAUGAUGCUGCGCCUGCUCCUCAACAACGGAUACCAUGCAGAAAGCUGUUUCGAGUGUUACCAUGACAACAGUGUAAAGACAUACACAUGGUCAGAAUUUCAUAACCAGUCGUACCAAAACAAGAGCACUCCGGAUAAAGUCACUUUUUGUGAGUUUAUUAGCGUGUCAUGGAUGGCACACUUGGCGGGGAGAGUGGUGCAAAUACUCCUGGAUUACGUGAGCCAAGUGCACAUUUGCUCCAAACUGCAACGCAUUAUGGAAAGACAAGAGGAAUGGCCUGACAUCUGUGACAUCCUCAGGAAUCCUCGCUCUCUGAAACACCAGGCCAGACUGGUUAUAAGGAGACAUAUGACACUGACAAGACUAAAUGACCCGGAGUUCAUGAGCACUGUACCCUUCCCCCCUGCAUUGAAGAAUUUUCUGCUAUACAAGGAAUAUGAUGUUUAUGGUCGAAUGGGUGAAUACUAGAUACAUGCCUUAAUAUAGUUUAGUUUAUUUUGUGGAAAUACUUUACUACAGUGUGAAUUUGUUCAAUAAAGUGAAAAAUACUUUUAUUAAGAUCAUAUCUAAGCCAUAAAACAAAAAGAAAAGAAAUUAAAAUGUAGCUACCGCCACUCUACAUAAUAUAGAAAUAUUUCAAAAUAAAAUAGUUUUCAUAUAAAUACUUAUAAACUUCAUAUUUCCAGUUAUUUACUUUAUGGGGGUUGGCAGGGAUGGGAGGAUCCCACAAUACAUAUUUGUUUAUGUAACAUAAAGACUUUGCAGAAGCUUCUGUUGCUAGAGACCCUUGUUAUCUGAGCAACAACAUUCUUGCACUGUCAACAGCAGUCAGUGACUCCAGAGAUGCAGCGGACAUUAUGUUCCUGUCAUAAACACAGACCUAGCCCUUUGUGGUUGUUUGUAUCCUAUGGGAAAACAAACAGCUUAUCUGAUCGUUCACACUCAGUCCAAAUCUGAUCAUUACACACUCAGACCCUGAUCUGAAAGCGUAUGGUCCUCAAAAUCCAUUCAUAUAUAAACCAUAUUAACAUUUAGCCUCUCUUCUCCUUUUUAAGCAAGGACUUAUGACGUCUGCGUUGACAAAUGCAAUAAUCAAGCAAAUUUUAAUCCCAACGAUGACAUCAAAAGCGAGACAAAACUGGUAAAAGGCUAAGGAUAAUCCUCACAAUGGUUCAUGCCAGGCUGAUAACAGUUCUAGAGAUAAUCUUCCCCUCACUAUUAGCUUCUGACGUAUAAGACUUCAGCUCUAGGUGGUAUUUUUGGCACAUAUGAAAACUACAAGCACUUCAAAUCUUUCUAGGUUGUCCAAUUCAAAAC